AUGAAUGAGGAUGGAACCAACGGGUGGAAGAAUGACGUGUGCGAUUUUGAUGAUGUUGAUGAUGAUGAUGAUGAUGAUGAUGAUGACGAUGAUGAUGAUGAUGAUGACGAUGUUAUUGAUAACAUUCGUCAUAAUGGCAAAUUAACAAGUACUGUCAUGGAUCGAUACGUCAAUUUGCAUCCAGCUGACGAUGAUGAUGAUGAUGAUGAUGAUGAUGAUGAUGGUGAUGAUGAUGAUGAUGAUGAUGAUGAUGAUGAUGAUGAUGAUGAUGAUGAUGAUGAUGAUGAUGAUGAGAAUCACGUCCAGCCUCAUCAGAUGGUGUUCUUCUUCUGGAGUAGAAUGGGGUAA